UGUAGCGGAAGCUUCUAGGGAUAGAACUAGAUCCGUUGAUUCUAAGAAUACCCAGAAACUAGGGUUUGUGAAUACUCUUCACAGUGCUUAAUCAAAAGCUCUUUAGGGUUGAGAAUACUCUUCUCAGUGGUUUAUAGAAACCUCUUUAGGAAAACUCAUUUUAUUAAUCAAUCAAAAUCUGAAUACAACCAUAAGCCUAAACGGCUAUAUAUAAUUAACCAUAAAACCCUAAAACAAUAAAAGUAAUUAUCUUAAUAAUAAAUAAAACAUUAAAUAAUUAAAAGAUAUUUAUUUUAAAUAUCUUAUCUACAUCAUUCUCUCCGGGUUAGAGAAGAUUCGUCCUCGAAUCUUGAUCGUAGUCUUCGAAUCCAAAACGUUUUCCAAUAAAAACUCUUCCUCGAAUCUUCAAUAGCAUGUUUUGCACGAUUUUUGCACAGAUCUGUUUAUAACUUGAAUCUUCACAAAUUCGUUUUCGCACAAAAUUUGCACCCAACAGAUAUUUAAGAUUCUGCACAAAAUCUUCACCGAUACGAUUUUGCCCUAACUUUGCACGCGAAAUUUCAAUGGAACCCUCUUUGAAAACAAAGUCAAUAUGAAGGACAUCGUCUUCAUAUAUAUCAUAGAUUGGAUCACCAUAGAUCUCUCGAUAGAUCUCAUGGUUCUCUUCUCUUUCAACAAAAGGACUUUCGUCCGGGAUAGAAUAGAUGCUUAUACUCACCAUGACAUCCAGAAUCGUCUUCGAUUGAGAAAUCAAAAGAACGCGGCUCUGAUACCACCUGAUGUAGCGGAAGCUUCUAGGGAUAGAACUAGAUCCGUUGAUUCUAAGAAUACCCGGAAACUAGGGUUUGUGAAUACUCUUCACAGUGCUUAAUCAAAAGCUCUUUAGGGUUGAAAAUACUCUUCUCAGUGGUUUAUAGAAACCUCUUUAGAAAAACUCAUUUUAUUAAUCAAUCAAAAUCUGAAUACAACCAUAAGCCUAAACGGCUAUAUAUAAUAAACCAUAAAACCGUAAAACAAUAAAAGUAAUUAUCUUAAUAAUAAAUAAAACAUUAAAUAAUUAAAAGAUAUUUAUUUUAAAUAUCUUAUCUACAUCAAUAAGUCAUAACCAAUAUGAUCCAGAGAGAAACGCACUAGUAAUGAUGAAGAAUAAGGUUUAGUAUUGUAAUUCAUCUGUAAUUAUUAUAAUUAUAAUCUCUGUAGCAUAGUAUUGCCUAAAACGAGCUGAUGUUUUGGUUCACACAAACAAAGACCUAUAUUUUAUUUUCCACUUUCAGAUACUGGAUAAAAAAAAAUAUUUUUUCUAAAGAAUAUAUGUUCUAUAUUUGGUAAUUCAACAAACUCUAUAGAAACUUUUACCACAAGGCAGCGGAAGCGGGAACGGAGAUCACUAGGCUAUGUAUAUAACCCAACAAUUAUCGGUUUCGUGAGAAUCAAGAAACUUUAAAACAUUCUCUAAUAAUAGUGACAAGUGGUUUUAAUGGACACAAUAGCUGGAUCACUCGACACGUGUAAACCGGACAGUGGCGACGUCGUCAGACCGAACGGCCCCGUUCAAUCUACACCACGCACUGUCUUCACCGACUCCUCCAAUGCAACUCUCGGUCGUCAUUUAGCUCAUCGUCUCGUCGAGAUUGGCGUCAAUGAUGUCUUCUCAGUUCCAGGCGACUUCAACCUCACGUUGCUUGACCAUCUCAUAGCCGAGCCAGGUCUCAACCUCAUAGGCUGUUGCAACGAGCUUAACGCUGGCUACGCGGCCGAUGGCUACGCUCGCUCACGCGGCGUUGGCGCUUGUGUUGUCACUUUCACCGUUGGAGGACUCAGCGUGAUAAACGCUAUUGCGGGAGCUUACAGCGAGAAUCUGCCGUUGAUAUGUAUCGUCGGAGGACCGAACUCAAACGACUAUGGUACUAACAGGAUUCUUCAUCACACCAUUGGCUUGUCUGAUUUCAGACAAGAACUAACAUGUUUCGAGGCUGUGACUUGCUAUCAGGCUGUGGUGAAUAACUUGGAAGACGCACAUGAACAGAUAGACAAGGCUGUAUCGAUGGCUUUGAGUGAAAGCAAACCUGUGUACAUCAGCAUCAGCUGCAACUUGGCUGCAACUCCUCAUCCUACAUUCAGAAGCGACCCCGUCCCAUUUUCUCUCUCUACAAAAUCGAGCAACAUGAAGAGUCUAGAAGCAGCGGUGGAAGCAACCGUUGAGUUUCUCAACAAUGCCGUGAAGCCCGUCUUGGUUGGUGGUCCUAAGAUGCGUAUGGCCAAAGCUUCUAACGCUUUGGUCGAGCUAGCAGACGCUUCUGGCUACCCUUUAGCAGUGAUGCCAUCUGCAAAGGGUCUAGUUCCCGAGGACCACCCUCACUUCAUAGGCACCUAUUGGGGAGCUGUAAGCUCACCUUUUUGCGCAGAGAUUGUUGAAUCAGCAGACGCCUAUCUAUUCGUGGGACCAAUCUUUAACGACUACGCCUCAGUAGGCUACUCUCUACUCAUCAAGAAGGAGAAAGCAAUCAUCAUACAUCCUGAUCGUGUCACCGUAGCCAACGGUCCAACCUUCGGAUGCGUCCUAAUGAGCGACUUCAUGACCGAGCUGGCUAAACGUGUGAAACGGAACGAUACAGCUUACGAGAACUACCACAGGAUCUUUCUCACUCAAGGGAAACCGUUAAAGUCCCAACCAAAAGAGCCUUUAAGAGUCAACACAAUGUUCCAACACGUUCAAACGAUGCUGUCUAACGAAACCGCGGUGAUAGCGGAGACAGGCGACUCUUGGUUCAACUGCCAGAAACUAAAGCUGCCUAGAGGAUGCGGCUACGAGUUCCAGAUGCAGUACGGAUCAAUCGGGUGGUCGGUGGGAGCUACGUUAGGAUACGCUCAAGCUCAACCCGAGAAACGAGUGUUAGCCUUCAUUGGAGAUGGGAGCUUCCAAGUAACGGCUCAGGAGGUUUCAACGAUGAUACGUAACGAGCAGAAAAGUAUUAUCUUCCUUGUUAACAAUGGUGGCUACACCAUUGAGGUUGAGAUCCAUGAUGGACCUUAUAACGUGAUUAAAAACUGGAACUACACUGGUUUUGUCGAUGCGAUACAUAACGGUGAAGGUAAAUGUUGGACUAGUAAGGUGAAAUGCGAAGAGGAGCUAGUAGAGGCUAUUACGAUAGCGAGUGAGUCUAAGAAGGAUUGCUUAUGCUUCAUUGAAGUGAUUCUUCACAAGGAUGAUACGAGCAAAGAGUUGCUUGAGUGGGGUUCACGUGUUUCAGCCGCCAAUAGUCGCCCCCCUAAUCAAUGACUAGACAACAACACAAGGCCUAAAUACAUUUCAUAAUGAGAAAUUCUUGGGUUCACCCCCUAGGUGAACCUAGAGAUUCACCAACCAAUAAUGGUUCAGUAUUUGAUAUUUGAUAUCU